CACACCUCGCCUCCGGCCGCGGACUCACCUGUGCUUCGAUCGGUCCUGGCGGUCCCUGCCCCGCUCCGGGGGGGCCUUGGCCCUGUCCCGGCCCCGCCUGCCCGGGCCCGGGCGGGGUUUGGGUCUGGCUGGGGAGAGUGAAGUCGGUGAACUCGAACUCGGAGCCCUGCGUGUCGGCGCCGAGCAGCUCGGCCUCCUCGGUGUCCAGGAAGGUGAGGGUUUGCGAGCUGGGACCGUACGCCUCCACGCUCAUGGCGGCGGCGGCGGCGAGGAGAAGCGGCGCUUCCCCACCCCCUCCCCUCGCCCGAGCCGGCCGGGCCUCACCUCAGGGAGCCCGGGCGCCGCGCUACGCGAGCGGCGGGAUCCGCCGCGUUCACCAGGCCGCGCGCGCGAGCCGGCCACCAACGAGUCCGCCGCCGCCCGGCUCGGGCGGUCCCACGCGGCCGGAGCCAACAGCGGAGGGAAGCGGCCGAGGCGGCGGGCGGGCGCCGCCGGAGAAGCGAACCCCGAGGCGCUGCGAGCGGAACCGUCCGGCCGCUGCUGCCGCCGCGCGCCAGGCCAGGAGCGGUGACGCGGAGCGCACGGAGGACGACGACGCCAGCACGCCCCGAUAAAACCUGGAACUGAAACAGCAUGUACCAGAUUUGCAGCUGUUAGGCUGAAAAGAUCUAGAUGAAGAUUGAAAAGCAUCCCUGUCCUAGGAAUAUUAUGCUCCCAGGACAAAGGGGAAAAGAACGAGUAGAGAGAAUACAGGAGUCAUCAUUUCUGCAUACAGACUGUUUGAAUGAAUCUAGCUUUAAGCCUCUAUGAAGAAAUAGACUGUACCAAUAGUUUAUCAUACCACAACAUCAUAAAUACAUAAUUCAGGAUUCAGGUUAAAGUAGGUUAAUCCAGCAAGCCACUAAAAUCAAAAGGCAGAAUGGUAAAUUGACUGUUGAAUUAUGACUGUCACAUCAGUUUAACUAUAGUUGUUACACCUACAGUUUAACAUGGUCAGCGUAUGCCCAUACAUAAGUUCAUCAAUGUUAGAAGACAGUUUAAAUGUUGAGACUCUUGAUUCCUAAAGGUGAAACGUGACUGAAUUAAAACCCACUGAAAGUUUGGUUGGAAAGCAUCCAUGGAUGACCUAAACCGGUGCUUUCUUAAAACAAACCACAAAUUAACUGUUUCGUCGUUCAGAGAAAAGCAAAACUGUGAUGAGAAAAUACAAAAUCCUACUUCAGGAUGAAAGCAGAAUUAAAGAAGAAAUUUCUAAAACUAGGUAGGCUGCUUGGUAUGAACACUUAUUUAUUAAUAAACAGAAUGUCCUUGCAACAUUUGGCUGGUUUACAGAAUCCUCAGAAGUUUUGGAAACCGAUCAAAGUUUUAAUACACUGCUGCGUUUCUUUCCCUGCCCCCAACAUAAUACACCAAAUAAGAAUGCUUUUAAAGAGAUGUUGUUUGGAAAACUCACUGAAAAUUACAGGUCCUUAGCUCAGAAGGUAGAUUUAUCUUCUGAUAUGGAGGCAGCAACGAGGGCUGGUGAUCACGGAGAAGAUGGUGCUGCUGUCUGAGGUGCUGAAGCUGGAGGGCUGGGAGGAGAUCCCCCACUACACCGGACGUUCUGCUGCCCCGUCACACAAGGCAAAAGUAAAACCACAUACUAGGAUUUUGAUUGUCUCAUCAUUCUAUAUGGACAUAUAUUUCUCCAUACAAAGCAAAUAUGAUGUCAGUCGUUUCCGAGGUGACCUCACAAGCGACCCUUGUCCAUUCUUCAUUCCAUCAGGGUCCUGGACUGAGCAGUCUGCGCAGUCUGAAUGUCUCUCUCACCUCUUGACAACAGCACCUUCAAACUGAUCAUGCAUGCUCCCCAGCGCCUGCAAGACUGCACCCAGUUACCUUCGAGAAUUGUGCACAGCCACAGGGAUGGGAAGUUUUUUCCUGAACACGGGAGGUCUGAGCAGCCAGAAAUGACGUCCACCCCUCGUCCAGCAUCAGAGAAUAAGAACUUCAGAGGAAGGAAUGCAACUUCAUAAAUAGCAAACCACAGACUCUAAUGGGGAGCAGAGGCAAACCUGCAGGUUAAAAAUUUGUUGCAAGAGAAGCCCACACAUCCACACUGCCUGGAGAUUCAAAGAUGAGUUCAGCUCUAGCAUUUGUUUUUCUCCUCUGCCUCUCUUGUCCUUUUUCAUCAUGUCAGCAAAGAAGAGCAGGAGGUGAAGUUGGGCCAGAAAUGCUGGAAGAGAUGAGAGAAACUAACCGUGUGCUAACAGAAGUUCGAGACUUGUUGAAACAGCAGAUUAAGGAGAUAACAUUCCUGAAGAAUACAGUCAUGGAGUGUGAUGCCUGUGGCAUGCACACCGAGGCGACAGGCCCUGUCAUCACCGUGACACAGUUUAACAGAUGCCUCCCAAACUCCUGCUUCCCUGGUGUGGCCUGCACUGAGACUGGCACUGGCUUCCGCUGCGGACCCUGUCCCCCAGGCUAUUCAGGCAAUGGGUCCCAUUGCACAGAUAUCAAUGAGUGCAACGCAAACCCCUGCUUUCCAAAGGUCCAGUGCAUUAACACCGUCCCUGGCUUUCACUGUGAUCCCUGCCCUCCCGGCUUCACUGGGCAAAUGGUCGAAGGGGUUGGACUAGCUUAUGCCAGGGCCAACAAACAGGUUUGUACUGACAUCAAUGAAUGUGAAACAGGUGCUGCCAGAAACUGUGUCCCAAACUCCAUCUGCAUCAAUACACGGGGAUCCUACAAGUGCGGGGCUUGUAAACCUGGCUUUGUUGGGGAUCAAGUCACUGGCUGCAAGAGCCAGACAGUGAGACGCUGCCCUAAUGGUGAAAUUAGUCCAUGCCACGAGAAAGCACAGUGCAUCGUGGAGCGCGACGGGUCCAUCUCCUGCGUGUGCCUUGUGGGGUGGGCAGGGAACGGCUAUGUCUGUGGGAAGGACACGGACAUUGAUGGAGUCCCUGAUGAGAAGCAACGCUGCUCGGACAAAAAAUGCCGCAAGGAUAACUGCAUGACUGUCCCCAACUCUGGCCAGGAGGAUGCAGACAGAGAUGGAAUUGGAGAUGCUUGUGAUGAUGAUGCUGAUGGAGAUGGAAUAUUAAAUUCUGAGGACAACUGCAUGUACACACGCAAUGCAGACCAGCGCAAUGCAGACAAGGAUAACUUUGGUGAUGCCUGUGACAACUGUCGCCAAGUGAAGAACAACGAUCAACGGGACAUUGAUGGCGAUGGGAAGGGUGAUGAGUGUGAUGAUGACAUGGAUGGAGAUGGGAUCAAAAACCAAAUGGACAACUGUAAGAGAGUUCCUAACCCUGAUCAGAAAGAUGGUGAUGGUGAUGGAGUAGGAGAUGUGUGUGACAGCUGCCCAACAGUCAGUAACCCAGACCAGAAAGACACCGAUCAUGAUCUAGUGGGAGAUGUCUGUGACACCAACCAGGACAGUGAUGGGGAUGGCCACCAAGACACACGGGAUAACUGCCCAUCAGUGCCCAACAGCUCCCAGGUGGACACAGACAAUGAUGGGCUGGGAGAUGAAUGUGACGAUGACGACGAUGAUGACGGGAUUCCAGAUGAGAAACCUCCAGGCCCUGACAACUGUCGGCUUGUCCCUAACCCUGGCCAAGAAGACUCAGAUGGUGACGGUGUGGGAAACCUUUGUGAAGAUGACUUUGACAGAGACAUGGUGAUUGACAGAAUUGAUGUGUGCCCAGAGAACGCAGAAGUGACACUAACAGACUUCAGGGCUUUCCAGACGGUUGUAUUGGACCCUGAGGGUGACGCACAGAUUGACCCCAACUGGAUUGUCCUCAACCAGGGCAUGGAAAUUGUCCAGACCAUGAACAGCGACCCUGGCCUGGCUGUAGGUUACACGGCAUUCAAUGGAGUGGACUUUGAGGGCACAUUCCACGUCAACACUGUCACAGAUGAUGAUUAUGCUGGCUUCAUAUUUGGCUACCAGGACAGCUCCAGCUUUUACGUGGUCAUGUGGAAGCAGAUGGAACAGACAUACUGGCAGGCAAACCCCUUCCGAGCAGUAGCAGAACCAGGAAUUCAACUGAAGGCAGUGAAGUCUAAAACAGGCCCAGGUGAGUAUCUCCGGAAUUCUCUCUGGCACACCGGAGACACCACAGACCAGGUCAAACUGCUGUGGAAGGACCCUCGCAAUUCUGGCUGGAAGGACAAGACAUCUUACCGCUGGUUCCUGCAGCAUCGGCCUCAAGUUGGGUACAUCAGAGCUCGCUUCUACGAAGGCCCUGAACUAGUAGCAGACACUGGAGUGGUCCUUGAUACAACUAUGCGAGGAGGACGCCUGGGAGUCUUCUGCUUCUCCCAAGAGAACAUUAUUUGGUCAAACCUGCGUUAUCGCUGCAAUGACACCAUUCCAGAAGACUAUGAAACAUUUAGAGUUCAGCAAGACUAACCUCCGCUUCAAACGUCUGUCCAGCCAAACUUGCUUUAAAAAAAAAACGUGCUCAGCUGCCCCACUAUUGUUCUGGUAUAAAGAACUGUAAGUAACGUACCACUGCACUCCGCACAGCACCGACUCUCAAUGCAUUAUCUGGCAUCUUUUCUACAACAGCAACUUUCUUUAAAUGCUAUUGGAACGGCAGAGGUGUAGACAGUGAGCAUGAACAGAAGCCUGUGCUGCUGUAAACACUAGUUCUCUACACUAGAUGGAAAAGGAUGUGCUGAGAAGCUACCUGCAGUAGCUGGAAUUGUUCGAGUAAGUUUAGCAUGGAUGAGUCCCAGGAAUCUUUUCCCUACUCAAAGGCUCUCAAGUGUGAAUGUUGUUCUCCUUUUCAAGACCUACUGCAAAGCAAACCCAGCACUAGUCUGAAAAGGACACAGAGAGCAGCCUAUGUACAAGUUGCUCACAAAACAUUUAAAAGAAAAAAAAAAAAGCACUUUAAGGAGAGUAUCUUUGUUCUGGAAUUUUGGAUAAUAAAUACUUGGAAUGUUGGAUAAUAAAUACUAGACUUCUCCA